GCUUGUAUGAUACCCACUAGCACAAGUACUGUGCGAGUACAGUAUCAUUGCGUGUGUGUGAUGCUCCAGUGCGAGACACAGUGCUAGCUAGCACAGUAGUGUAGGGCUGGAUCUUCUGAUUGGUGGGUUUGGUGUCCAUCAUGGCAUGGAAUAUCAAAUUGUUGACCCUGUGUGCUGGGUGGGUAGUCCGGAAUUUCCUUCUCCAGAAGAGGUAUCAUAGAAUAGAAAAAAAAGGGGGGGAGGGGUGAGGAAUACCGGCAGUGGAUCUAGAACGACAUGGCACCCAGGACACGACUCGAGUAUCUGAGAUUCUACCAUACGUCCAGCUGUGUUUACCCUCUCCCCUGGGUGCAUAAGUGGUUUACCCGAGCAUGGCGGUUAAGUUGUUUAGAAAUCUGUGGGUGGUGGUGGUGGCUACGAUACCGGUGUGCUGGUACUUGUAUCGUAUCGUACUUGUAGGAAGGGAGGGCAAUCUACGGAGGGCUGGGACGCGCCAAGGCUGGUACGCUGGGGGAUCGGUAUUUGGAGGGAGAAAAAAGACUUGGAUGGUGGAGUGGGUUGGGGGGAGAUCUGGCGGUGUCUUGUCUCUCGCUGAUGAAUACCGGUACCGGCACCGGCAGUUUCUCUUGAUGGCGGGUAUCAUGGAAUUGGCUCCUGAAACUGGGUUGCCGGUAUUGCACGAGUGCUGGGCUACGGAUGGGAGAGUUUAAUGAUGGUAAUAU